UUUUAAACAACAUUGUCCAGAAUCCUUUGCGGUGGAAGCCGAAAACUGCGCAUGCCCGAAGAUCCUAAACGGGUUAUCACUUAUGGUGACGGAUAUGAGACUUUAUUGCGUGCUGUCAACAUUCUGGUGAUGCUCGCGUUUACGCUGGAGGGAUGUCCAGGAAGAUCAAAUUUGUUGUGGUCAGUUCUUCCAGUCAUGAGGACAACUUCAGUGCGCAGGAGCUCUUGGUCCAUGCGCCCACUGCCAGUGGUUGGAGGUCCAGCAGGUUGUGCAGCUACCCUCAGCACAUCACUUUACAAUUGGUGGAAAGAACCCGGGUGAAGAAGCUACAGCUCCUCGCUCACCAUUACCUGAUCCCGGCUAAGGUGGAGUUCUACAUAGGUGACAGUCCUUCCGAUCCCAGAACAUCAGAGUUCAUUGGCCAGCUUCACAGGCUUGGGUACGUGUCUCUGUCAGACAACGAGAAGACCGGCUUCAGAACGAGGGAGCUGAAGUCUGUGCACGUAGAUGCCAUCGGAACAUACUUGAGGAUAGCGUUCCAUAAGAAUUAUGCUAACCGGCACAAUCGUUAUAAUCAGGUUGCUCUGGUGGCCAUUAAUGUGCUGGGCGACCCCCUGGGCAGCAGUGCUUUUUACACCUCACCAUGUCACGAACAGCCGAUCGAACACUCCCUCAACGGAACUCGACUGGAGGCCGCCUUGGAGGCAAGCCUGGCAGGAAAAUACGAGGCCGCAUCCCCCUUCGAUGACCUGGCCUUUGACAUGUACCAGGACCCUGAAUUGGCCCGUGUCAUCCGGCACUUGGAUCAAAACAAGCAGGAUUUGCUUCAACAGGAGAGAUUUGAGCAGGCCAAGUAUCUGAAGCAGGCUAUUGCAGAUCUUCAGAAGGCCGGCGAGCAUUUGGCGAGGUUGGAUGUAGAGACGCAAUGCGCGAUGGCAAAAGAGGAAUACGAUCUUGCCAAGAAAAAGAAGGAUGAAAUGGAUGAGUACCGGAGGAAUGUCUACAAGCAACUGGAGGUCCACAACCUAUUGGAUAUGUCAAUGAUCACAAGUGUAUCGGGAUCGUUCGAGCACUCCUCAAUCCCAGCCAAAACUUUGGACACAAAAAUGAUAGGGAAAGCAUCACACUCUGUUGCACUUUCGCCAAAACGGGAUAACCAACCGGACACGCCAAGAGACUCGUCUGCGCUCCAAAAGCUAAAUUUUAGCAGUGCUCCCUACGAUGAGAGUCCGAUACCGGCCCUUCAGAGAAAUGAGCAGCCUGUGGCGGCCGUUCUGAGCCCUUUCCUACCUGACGUCCAAAGUGAUCAAAGCGAGGCAGGCCAAGAACCACCGCCGCUAUCGGAAAAGGCUAAGAAGGAGGCUGCCCUUCCAAUCGAGGUCUUUGGCGAGAGUCUGGUGGCCAGUGCAUAUUCUACAUCCUGGUCGCAUAGAGAGGAUGCACUCUUAGCAGUGCACAAGAAGCUUUCCGAGGUGCCAUCAACGAUACCCAAAGAAGAGCUGAGAGGCAUGAUAAGAGCUUCAGUCUUUUUGGUCAGGAGGGCCCUCGUGGAGAAAGUUCUUCCUGUUUUCCAAGCCUCCUUGAAGUUGCUGUUGUUCAUGUUGAGCCAGCUGAUCCCAGGUCUGGGCCGAGGGGAAGUGACCUACUGUUUAGAGAAAAUUUGGCCAAACUUACUUUCCAGUACGGGAAACUCCAUCAGCCGCUUCCGCAUCAGUGGCACAGCUUGCAUCCAGGAAAUUGCUGUGCUGAAGGAGGUUCGGGCCUUGCAGUUUAUCCCUGUUGAGCUGGUGAAGCCUUUCGAAUCCAAAUGCCCAGCUCGUCUGGCUCAGAGUAGAGCCGAGAUGCUCCAAAGUCUCCUGGUGGAACUCGGCACGGAGAGAUCUGGAUUCACCCUGGACAAUGUUAUGAUGUUCUGUAUGGCAGCGUUGGAGCAUGAAAAAUCUACUGUUCAAGAGCUGGCAGCGCAGAUCAUCUUGUCAGUGUACAAGAUUCACAGAUCGGCCGUUCUCAGUUACCUUCCGCCUCGUAACGGUGCCCGUAAGAACUUCCUUUACAAAACCAUAUUUGAUGGCUUUGCCAAGAUCGACGAACAACUAGUAGAGACUCCGGGUGUGCAGAUGGAGAAUGAGGAGAUCGACUCCCUUCAAGAGCAGCUGGCUUCCUUGAAAGACUUUACAGAGAAAGACCAAGAACAAAUAGCCAAGAAAGAAGUUGACAAGGGGUCUCAAAAGGCUGCUAAACAAACAGUUCUAAAAUUGCCUCAGAAAAAGCCAACAACCACAAUCGAAGUCCAGCAAUCCCUCACAUACCUGGAUAACUUGUGUAUAUUCUGCGGUAAAACAGAUGAUUCUUUCACCGACGAUGGAUUAGACCUUCACUACUGGAAGCAUUGUCCUAUGCUGCGACUCUGUGACGAAUGCAGACAGGUUGUGGAGAUCGCCAGCUUCACUGAGCACCUCCUAAACGAAUGUCAAAACAAGUCCAAAUUCAGUCAGUGUCAACGUUGCUCAGAAGCGGUACUCACGGAAGAAAUGAGUCGACAUGUCCAGAGUAAGACUUGCAAACCCUCCGUCCCAGGUAAACCCUCCAGCCACUGCCCUUUGUGCCACGCCAACUUUUCUCUAGGAGAACAGGCCUGGAAAGCUCACCUGACGGGCCGGGAGGGCUGCAAACAAAACUCACGCAGAACCGCCGUGUCCCAGAGAACCCAGCCGGCACAAGGAAGGGCUGUUACGAAGCCUACACAAACUUCAUCGGUGGGCACCCGAGGCAGAGGCGGCCGGACCCCGUCGCUGGCUCCUCCCGCUCGAGGACAUACACCGGCGAAGCGGUGAUCGCCUAGUAACCAGCCAUUUGAUUUCCAUUAGGAUUUUACGCCAUAUGAGUGGAUUGACUUGACAAAAUGGCCAUCAGUUGUAAAUGUAUUCAUAUGAAUCAUAUAAAUUUGACAUUUCAGAUUUAUUGAACACACAUAGUACUUGGAAAAUAUCUUUUAGAUAAUUAAAAACUGCCAUUUAAACAUGAAAGAUGGUCGCCGUCACUCUCAUGUCACUGUGUGUGCCACAGGCUGAUUGCCUCCAUGCCACGCUGCAUUGAAGCAGUCAUUUCUGCCAACGGAUUCCCGACCAAGUAUUGAGUGCAUAACUGAAAAUAAUUAUUUGAAGGUUGACUUUUUUUGUAUUUAAAACAUUCAUUCUAGGGUCGCGGAGGUGCUGGACCCUAUCCCAGCCAACUACGGACAGUAGGCAAGGUACACCCUGUAUUGGUUGCCAGCCAAUCACAGGGCACAAUGAGACAAACAACCAUUCACGCACACAAUCAUACCUAUGGACAAUUUAGAGUGUUCAAUCAGCGUGGGAGGAAACCACACAUCAGACAAUGCUUCUCAAGACAAUUCUUACCAGGUGUGUGUUUUAUAGUGGGUAGGGCAGCUUUAAGCCACUCAUUAGUGAUUGGGCACACACCGGACUGAAAUUUUUUGGUAAAAAAUAGGGCUGUCAAACGAUUAAAAUUUUUAAUCAAGUUAAUUACAGCUUAAAAAUUA